AUGAUGUUUGGAACAACUAUUCGAUACAUUCCAUUGCGGUCUUGGGCAGAGACUGAUACGUGUAGGAAUGCGAUUUUCCCUUAUCUUACCCAAAAGAAUGUUUUGGAAUUAUACAAAAAAUGGGGUGGAAUUCCUCGCUUUACCUUGUUUUAUGCUCUCAAUAUUUCUCAGCAAGAACUCCUUGAGAAGGCAAUUAAUUCAGUUAACGAUAAGAUAUUAAGUUUCGUUGUGGGAGAGGAAGUAGAGGAAACAGAGGAAAUAAGUGAAGUAGAAGAUUCUGGAGAACCUUCUCCUGCAAUAAUUAGCCCAAACAAAAAUAAUGAAGAAGGAACAUUUGCUGAAUUUCGUGCAAGCUAG